GAGAGAGAGAGAGAGAGACUGCAAUGUGCUCGGUCAGCUGGCCUCAGUUAAUGUUAUUGAGGGAUGUGAAUGCAUUGUUGUCUGCUCCUACCAACCACCCUGUUGAAGGAUACACCACUGAGCUCUCCCCCAUCUCAUCUCUCCAGAUCAACACAGAGCCACCUUCAGCAGCCACACUAGGUGGAGUUGCUGCCAGUGACAGCUGGAGGUGAACACCUCAGUCGCCAUGGCAGCGGAAGAGCCCCAGGCCUUGGCCAAGGUCAACAGCGUAAUGAUGCUGGGCACGGCGGAGGAAGUCAAGAGAGACCUGGAGCUGAUCAUGAAGCCCUACGCCAACUGGGAGGAGUUCCUGACGCCGGGGCCCGUCUCCAUCGCCAUCCUGGGCGAGCUGAUCUUCAUCUCCGCGGCCGAGGCCUUCCAGGUGAAGCUCUGCACGGCCGGCAGCCCGGUGCGCUUCCUGCGGCACCCGGGAUCCUUCCAUGCCUGCCUGAUGCAGGUGAGCGACCAGGGCUGGAAGGCCUUCAACAAGGCCCACAAGAACAUGGACCAGAUCCGGCUGUACACCCUGGCCGCCCCCAAGCACCUGGCCAGCGCCGUGCAGGUGCUGGCUCGUGAGCCCAAGGUGGUCAAGGCCAUGCUGCCCAGUCGGCUCAACAGCCUGAGGAAGGUGGCGGAGCAGUGCCAGGGGCUGGCAGCUUCCGUCGAGGAGGAGUUUGCCACACUCAUCGACCUGGUGCAGGAGCUGCUGGAGGUGUGCGCCAGCUCCCGCACCGAGUACCACGACAGGAUGGAGGAGGUCAAGCGGACGCUGGAGGAGUCCAAGGUGCGGAAGGCGGCGGCGGAGAAGGAGAAGAAGAGGCUGGAGGCUCAGUUCACCGAAACCUGCGUCAGGAUGGAGGAGGCGCACGCCCUGUACCAGAAGGCGGUGAAGACCAUCCCCAGCGGGAAGAACCUAGUGGGGGUCUACGUGACACAGUCUCUGCUGGACCUGACCAACAGCCUGGCCACCGAGCUGGUGACGAUGGGCAUAACCGAGCCGGUCAGCCUGGCCCUGGAGGUCACUGAUGUGGCCACGCAGCACUUCAAGAAGAAGCUCCAGAACAAGAAGGCGGCCGGCUCCCAAGACCCACAGGCCGAGGCGGACAAGGGCCACGUGAGCUGGGCCAGCAUCUGCCUGAAGGCCAUGGACAUGAUGAUGGCCAGCGCGCUGCUCCAGGACCUGGUGUCGGAUAGCGGGACCGUGGACCCAGGCCGGCUGGGCACCAGCUCCUCGGAUUGUAAGGCCAUGUUCCAGAGCAGCAUGGAGCAGGUGGAGCUGGAGCAGGAGUGCAAAGCCAAGAGUGCCACCUUGGAGCUGUGCCAGGGCGGCAUCAGCGUGUGCGAGCGGCUGGAGGAGAUCGGUCAGUGCGAGAAGCCCACCGAGGCCCAGUUGCAAAGUCUGGCCACCGCCAUCCAGGAGCAGAACGCCAAGGUGCAGGGGUACCUGUCAGACAUGAGGAAGUCCAGUAACACCCCGGCCAUCGCCCCACAGCCACCAAACCUGAGCAGCAUCGCCAAGGUGGAGAAGGUACAGGAAGGGCUGUCAAAGAUGGUCCUGGAGCAAGCCUGCUUCAAGGUGGAGCAAGCCAAGUGCCAGCUGGACAUCAGCAGGGAGAACUACCAGAAGGUAUCCGAGAACAAGGACAAGAUGACCAAGGACCUCGACGAGGUCUUGCUGACCAUGAUGAGGUGUCAGGUGAAGGAGAUAGACUACGACACGACCCUCAAGCUGCUGGUGACGGGUCUGGGAGCUCUGAGCCAGGUCAAGGAGCAGUGGGCCAAGAUGAGCAACUUCUUCCAGAUGAUGUCCAACCUGAUUAAGGUCUCCCUCAAUGAUGCCGUCACCCAGUUUGCCAGCGACAGUGAAGGCUGCGAGCUGAUCCCUGGAUAUUCCCAGGACUCCUUCGUCAAAGAUAUGAUCUACACCGAAGCUUUCCAGGCCUGCAGCGUCGCGAGCCUCUGCCACCUGAUCGCCGGGACCUACGUCGAGGUUUCCGAGAAGCACCUGAGGAACCAAGUCACCGGUCUGGAGACCAACAUCAACCUGAGCCCCUCGGACCCCAUGUUUAACGUGAAGCGCACCAAGCUGCAGGAGGGUUACAUCGUCGCCAAGGAGGCCGUCAAGGAGCUGGUCCUGAAGAACAAGGAAGAGUUUGAGACACAAAUUCAGCAAAGGAUCGACCACAUCAACUCAACAUUACAAGAGGUCGUGCCUUUGGCAGUAAAGCAAUAGAGCACGAUUGGCCCAGCCAGUCCUCCACAGGUCUCCUGAACAUCUGACCACAGGGUACGAAUGAGCAGCCAUGUCAUGGAAGGCCCAUUUGAACCUUGCCUCGUACAAGGCCAGUUAGCUUUUGUUUGUUCCUCGGCUUUCCCUCCCUCCCUCCCCUACCGAGUAAUGCCUGGAGGAGCUUCGUGCACAGACCAACUGAGAUGAAGACUUCAUGGUGCCGGGAGCCAGGUACGAGCGCACAUGACGUUGUCCUCCCAUCUCGACUGAUGCUGGGGUUGCCUGGACUCCCUGAUAAGGAGAGGAGUUUCCAACAAUUCUCGAGCCGGACAUCUCUCUGGGAAUUCCUCCUCUUGAGUUAGGACGGGAAACAACAUUUUCACAAGUGUGGAAGGAUUUGAUAUUCUAGAAUUUGUCCGUCCCACUGCUGGUAGCACUGACAUAAGUCUUGUAUGGUUCCCUCUUGCUGUGGUAACAUCUCAGGGACACAGACCGCCCCAGUCUGGGCAGACACUGCCACUGCUUCAUUGUUACUGGGUCAAAACCCGGGCACCACCUGAAACCACUGCCUUGCAUCAGCUCACAGCCUUUCAUGACCCUGUGAUAUCCCUGUGCUUUACAGCUGUUGAAGUACUGGUCAAUGUUGCAAUGUGAGUUUGGCAGCCAUUCUGUGCACAGCAGGAUCCCACUGACAGCAGAGGUACAAGGCAUGUGACAUUGAUUUGAGGGAAGUUGGAUGGCAGGGAGGGGGGGAAUGGAAUGCUCCUGGUUCUGGACAUGGGGCUGUGGGACCUUUUACAGAGGCAAACUGCAGACAAGGUCACAGCAGAGUGGGCCCCCCUUCAGUACUCCGACAAGUAGCAACCCACCCAAGGCUGACAGAGGGCGGGCACUAAACACCAGCGCUGCUGGUGAGCCUGCACCCUGAGAAUGAAUGGUUAACUCCUGGAAGCCAGGUGACGUCCCAGCCCAAGUGUUGGGGCCAUGCACACCUCGAUGCCAGCACGGAGGCUUCCCGAGUCUGUCUGGGUCGGAGAGGAGGUGUGAAUGGGAUAAAAGGAAAAUCCAUAUUUUCUUCCAAUUCGCAGUGCUGGUAAAAUUGCAAAAGACAUCGGUGAGACCAAACGCAGACUGGGUGACUGAGUGAAGUCUGCAAUGGCCAACUGGAGCUCCCAGCUGCGAGACAUUUCAACUCCCCUCCCCAUUUCCUACACCGACCUAGUCAUAGAGAGUCACAGAGUCACACAGCAUGGAAACAGGCCCUUCGACCCAACUUGUCCAUGCUGACUGUGUUGCCCAGAGAGCUGGUCCCAUCUGCCCGUGUUUGGCCCAGAGCCCUCCAAAUCUCUCCUAUACAUGGACUUAUCUAGAUGGCUUUUAAAUGUUACUAAUGUGCCUGCCACAACCACUAUCAGAAUCAGAUUCUGGUUGUAUGCCCCUCAUGAUCUUAUCCACCUCUAUCAGGUCACCCCUCAAUCUUCUACGUUUCAGGGAAUAAAGUCCUUGUCUCCGCAACCUCUCCUUGUAACUCAGGCCCCCAAGACUGGCAACAUCCUGGUAAAUCUUUUCUGCGCUCUUUCUAGUUUAAUAACAUCUUUCCUAUAACAGUGACCAAAACUGUAAGAUAAGAUUUCUUUAUUAGUCACAGGUACAUCGAAACACACAGUGAAAUGCAUCUUUUGCGUGGAGUGUUCUGCGGGCAGCCCGCAAGUGUCGCCACACUUCCGGCGCCAACAUAGCGUGCCCACAGCUUCCUAACCUGUAUGUCUUUGGAAUGUGGGAGGAAACCGGAGGAAACCCACGCAGGCACGGGAAGAACAUACAAACUCCUUACAGACAGCGGCCAGAUUUGAACCCAGGUCGCUGGUGCUGUACACUAACUAACCACUACAGUACUCCAAGUGCAGCCUCACUUCCUCUUGUAUAACCGCAACAUAACUUCCCAACGGACCCAGCACCGAUCCCUGCGGCGCACCACUAGUCACAGGCCUCCAGUUACAGAGAUAACUAUCUACCACCACUCUCUGGCUUCUCCCGCUAAGCCAACAUUGAAUCCCAUUGGUCCUGAAUGCCAAACAACUUAACUUCUGGACCAGCCUCCCAUGCAGGAUCAGGGACUGGAUGUCAGAAGGUUUGCCUGCAGAGGGUGUGGGUUGGCCAAUGGACAUCCCAACGGAUCAGAGAGACAGUUGUAUCGACGGUCCUUCCUUCAUGUCCUGAUACACAGCCGUGGCUGUCUUCAGAGACCUGCCUUGCUAUCGGUUUAGAUCAGGGAGACUGGAAACAGACUGGCUGGGUUCUGCUGAGCCUUGAGUAGGGUGAACGGAUUAUUUAGUCCAUCCCAGAGCAACACAACUGAGGUCUUGAGAUAAAUACACAAAGCAAAUAAACAAGAUGCUGGAGGAACUCAGCAAGUCAGGCAGCAUCUGUGGAGGGAAAUGGGAAAAGUCCGGAUGAAGGGUCUCAACCCAAAAUGUUGACUAUCCAUUUCCCUCCACACAGAUGGUGCCUGACCCGCUGAGUUCCUCCAGCAUUUGUGUGUUGCUCCAGAUUCCAGCAUCUGUAGUCUCUUGUGCCUCCUAAUGACAUGAAGCCACGACUGCUUGGAGUAGUCUGGGGAACAGGCAGUGUAAGGCUGUGCCAAGGGGGUUGGGAGAAGGGAGCAUUGGAUGAGCAACUUUGUGGCUUGGGAACUUCGAAGUAUUGGUUCAAACCUCACUGAACCAAUCACUGUGAAUGAAAAUGGAUAAAUUAUGCAAAUGAUGCUUGUUUCCAACAUGCAAAUGGACUACUGAAUGUAUGUUUGUCUGUCUCCAAAGAGAAGCUUCAAUAAAUAAUCCAAAGGCAUUGGAGAGAAAA